UGUUCUGAGAGGGUUCCCUGUUACGGAACAUACUAAAUGGAGGCAAGUCUAGGCUUGUCUAGCGAAUACAUAUUCUCUGUCUGGAGUGAAACAGAUGACAAGGAGCUUUGCCACUUACAAAUGGUUCAGAGGCUUCAAACGCAGGUGACAUCUCCCAAAGAAUUCUGGGGAUUUUAGUGGACCCUUCACAAAGAGCUACAACGCCAGGUGAGCACCCUUAACAAACUUCAGUUCCCAGGAUCCUCUGGGGGAAAUCGUGUACUCCAAACAUAUGGCGCAUACGCAGCCAGGUUUGCAGAGAAAGUGGGGUGUCGCAGGAGUCAGAAAGUAGAGGAGGGAGGGAAAGAAAAGAAAAGACGAGUCUGAGGGCACACAUCUUGCCCAGGUCUUUUUUUGGAAACAGGAUACUUUCUUCACGGGUUCCCUCCCCGCGCCCCAACCACCAUCAAAUCACAGAGCACGUCUCUCUCCAUCGCCCUGAACCGGUCUUGCGCUGCCCAGCCGGGCAAUGGUGCAAAAGCAUAGAUCCAAGUCCUUGUGGGUCCCCAUAUAUAUUUUUUAACAAACUGUCUCCUCAAAACCACCAUCAAGUCACCGGUCACCCGCUACGGCCAGAGAUGGGUUGUGCGCUUUGCAGCCAUGCUGCGUAAAAAUCCUACCUCCGAUCAGUCUUUUUGUGGUGCUUGCCAGCAGCGGAUCUUUGAAUUAUUAUUAUUUUUUGUUAUUAAUGUAAAUCAACUUGCUUCUGACUUUUGGGGCGGCGGGGUGUAAAAUCAGAGGGAUUCAACAUCACAGCAAACGUUUUGCCAGACCCUUGCGGAAAAGCAAACAAUGACUGCAUAAAAACUAUACAUUUAGAGCACAUCCUUUCCCACAACGUAUCCCGGGAACUGCAGUUUGUUAAGGGUGCUGGGAAUUGUAGCUUUGCGGGGGGCAAACUACAAUGUGAUGCGUGCACAGCUAAUAUGUGUGUGUGUGAGAGAGAGGUGUUCCUAUGAAGACUUUCUUGUAUGUUUGUAUGUGAGGAAUGCGAGAACGGGAUGUGGGGGGAGGAGAGAGAGGCCACGGGGGGGGGGGAGCGACGAUGCUGCACAGAGCAACAGAGCACUCUCAAAAUGCCAGAUGCGCCCACAGCUUGGCGACCCUCUGGACUGUGCAUGCAGAAAAGCAGCACCUCAGGGUGGCAGGCUUUAUGCUAGCUUGCUACAGGCGAGGACUUCUUCCCAGAGAGCUCUUAAGGGGGAGCGGAUGCACAUACGGGUCGAAAGUCCAGCUGCAGUUCUCGGAGUGACCCACUUUUGAUGGGGAAGUUCCUGCACAUUCGCCUCCGCUGUCCCGGUCCUAGGCUUGUUCCUCAGCGCGACGUCGGGCCGCCGAGAGAGGGAGCCAGCGGGCCUGGAUAGAGACCUGCGGAUCCGUGGGAAAGGAGGAAGGGAGACGCAACCCAGCGCAGGAAAAGAGUGGACUGGACGGCUCCGCCCGCCGGGGAAGGUCUGCUCGAAGGGCGUCCGCGCCGUCGGGAAGCGGGCAACGUCGACCGAGAACCGAGUCCUGGUCACAGGCGAAGGAGGGGAGAUCGCUGCUGCGUCCUUGCGCGGACGCCGGGAGGGAUCCCUCUGAUGAUUUGACGGAUCCUCUGAGCGAGCCCGGCAGCAGGGCACCAAGGGGCCGGCUGCAUAGAUGCCCUACUGACAACCCGUGAGGUCUUCGGCUUCGUGGGAUGGAUCCUGCCCCCGGCUCGGACAUGGAUGGAGGGGGCGGCCGCGGCGAGGCGGAUGAGCUGGCCAACGCCGCUGCCCGGGGAGACCUGGAGACCUUGAGGCGGCUGCUGGAUGGUGGGGCGGACCCCAACGCGGUGAAUCGCUUCGGCAGGGCCCCGAUCCAGGUAGGUCCGUCCGGGGACAGUAGGAGGAAGGCCGGAGAGCCAUAGAUAGGAGGGUGAGAGACUGCGGGGGGGGGGGGAGUAGCCAGGAUUUAAGUUGGGGUGCGGGCAGGACACCCACCUGUCGCCAUUCUCUGUCGACCAAAUUCGGAAUGAAAUGUCUCCACACCAAUUGACUUGCUUUUCACUCUAAGUGGCCAGGAAAUAAAUGGUCAAAACUUUUCAAAUAUUCUGAUCAUUUCUACUUUAAGUUAAGUAUUUUUUAUUAUUAUUUGAUUUAGGUCAGGGCGGCUGACCCCCUGAUCCCGCCCAUGGCUGAAAUUUUAAACGUGAGGUUUAGAGGUGCGGAGUAUGAGUACCACUCGGGGGCUAAACUAGAUUUAUUGGGGGCUUUGCGGAGAGGGGCUUAUUUUGGGGAGGGGGUUAGUUUUAACAACCCAUAGUCAACCCGUGUCCAGUGAGAGUCAGAUCCUAGUAGCUGUUCAUUCCUAGCUAUGCGCACGCCAUACAUUUAACGCGCAUCCAUCCCUCUCAAAGAAACUUGGGAACUGUAGUUUAAGGGUGCUGAGGACCCCGCAUAGUACCGUGGUUAGAGUGCUGGACUUGGACCUUGGAGUCCAGGGUUCAAAUCUUCACUCAGCCCUGAAGCUCACUCGUAGUGACCUUGGAGUUAGUCACUGCCUUCUGUCGACCUAACCUACCUCACAGAGUCCUUGUGAAGAUUAAACAAGGAGGGGCAGAACCACAGAGGCCGUUUGAACUCCUUGGAGGAAAAAGGUGGGAUUUAGCUGCAGUAAAUAAAUACACAAACUGAAGCUCUGGGAGGGGGUGAAUUAAGGUUCCCAGGAUUUGGAAGGGGUAUGUGUGCUUUGAACUGUAUGGCGUGCACGCAGUAACCCAGGUGUGCUUUAAAAUCACCUUCCUGGAAGUAGAAGGCUUAUGCAGGGCCCUGAUCCAAAACACGCUUGCUCGGAAGUCCCCUCGAUGGCACUGGAAUUUACCUUCCUAGGCUCAGCCAACGAUGCAACCUACAAAUUUGGCCCGUUCGAAAACACAGGACUGAUCAUCCCCUCACCCAAAAAAUAACCACACCCAAACUCAGGUGGAAGAGGAGGAGUCAAACCAGAUUACACCCAGAUCCGAAAUACAGCAAUUAAUCACAGUUUGUGAGUGCUGCUGACUGACCUAGCGAGCGAGCAGCCUGUUUAAAAUUGGGGGGGCGGCGGGAUUUAACGUCCACCCUUUUAACGUCCAUCAGUGGCAAAUGGAUCAAUGAAAAGUUAGAAAAGUUGUUCGGAUGAACCCUAAACGCUGGAGGAUUGGCUUCGAGCCACCCCCAAGUUUGGGUCCAUGUUGCGCAGCUUGCCCUGUCCGAGGAAACUAAAAAUAAAUAAAAUAAAAUAGAAAGGUGAACAAAAUGAUUGGAGAAUAAAAUUAUUGGAGCAAUCGCUGUCCCAGGUUCGGACUCUCAUCCCCGCGCCCACCGCCAAACAACAACAACCACAGUGUUGUCUUUGGAAAAUACUAUAUUUAAAUAAGGUUCUUGUUUCAGUUUAUGUUUACGUAACAGAAGUACAGUGGUACCUGUGGUUAAGAACUUAAUUCGUUCUGGAGGUCUGUUCUUAACCUGAAACUGUUCUUAACCUGAAGCACCACUUUAGCUAAUGGGGCCUCCUGCUGCCGCUGCACGAUUUCUGUUCUCAUCCUGAAGCAAAGUUCUUAACCAGAGGUAAUAUUUCUGAGUUAGAGGAGUCUGUAACCUGAAGCGUAUGUAACCCGAGGUACCACUGUACUGUAUAGAACAGAUCCCCACUUCGGAAACAGAUUUCAAUACCAAAUAUCAACAUUUCAAGUGAGGAGAACCAGCCCUCUAAUAAUACAUUCAGUUACCAGAAUGUGUCCUGUUUUAUUCUCAAAACGAUUUGAGACCCUCCCAAAGUCCGUCUUCUCAGCCUUAUAAAACGCAACCAUUUAAAACACAUGACAUCCCCCCCCCCGCCCAAGAAUCCUGAGAUGUGUGGUUUACCCCUCACACGAAACUACAGACUGGGGGUGGGGGGUGGGCUGGAGUCGUGUGUUUCAAAUAUAUGGUGUCUGCCUAGAUUGAGGAGAGAGAAUGAAAAAUCACUGCAACCCCGAAAUGACUGGAGACAUUAGACUAAAAUCUAGAAUUAAUCAUCAACCAUAUACAUAUUCAUCUCACUCUUAUUCAUAAGCUGUCAACUUUUCCCCUUUUUUCAGGGAAAUUCCCUUAUUCCGAAUAGGAUUCCUCGCAAGCAAAGGGAAAAGAUGACAGCUAUACUCUUAUUUAACCUCAUUGGGGUUUCUUUAUUUUUCACAAUGGGAAAAGUUGUUUUUAAAAGUCACGUGGGGGUCACACAUCUCUCGAAAACUACCUCCCCUUUUCUGUUCUGGGUUUUAUUCUAACUUUUUGAUUCCGUAGCUGGAGAUCGAGAAAUCCAGCUCAGAUUUCAACCGACGGCGGCAACUCAUCUUCACUGACCGAUUAAUUUAAAGUUCUCUGCAUGAACACACACGAAAGCUCACACCAAUAACUAAAUUAGUUGGUCUCUAAGGUGCUACUGGAAGGAAUUGUUUUGUUUUGUUUCGACUACGGCAGACCAACACGGCUACCUACCUGCAUGAAAAAAGCUAGCGAAACAGAGAAAAGACUUCGGGUAUGAAAUGCUAUUCGUGUCCCAUUGAGGUUAACAGAAGGCUAGCGCUCAUGUAAAGUGAGUAUUACAUGCAAUCAUGAGAGCCAACUCCUAGGGGCCGAGGUCCCUUCGGGCCCCCACCCCCAUAAAAUAUUGAGGGGCCCAGGCUGCCAUGGACGUAGCCAGGGGGAGGCAGGGAGGGGCCAAUUAAGUAAAUAAAUAAAAAUACUUAACUGACCAAUUGUGUCACAGAUAACUGGGUUCUGCCCCCCCACCCAAUAAAUCGUGGCUACGCCCAUGGACGACCCCCCCCCCCAAGUUGAGGGGAAUUCUCAUUCAAAUGGUGUGUGUGUCACAUCAUGUGAUCGAUUAUGCGGGGCAGGGCUUAGUUGCCCCCUCCCCAAUAUUUUAAUCAAGUUGCCCCCCCCCCGCGAUUCUAACCGCAUUAACCUGGGAGUAAGCCCCGCGCUGGAUUUUGUAAGGCUCCCUUCCAGCCUUGCAUGUUUUUUAAACUGAGAUUUGCAAGCUCAUCUUCGGCAACCUUUGUUGCCCCCAAACCUCCAACGUUUUUAAGCUCAAUGGAGCUUACUUUCGAGCGAUCGCGGAUUAUACGUUCGCGCUCUUAGGCAGCUGCACUUUAUCGUAACUCUUUGAUUUUAUCAGCGCGCGAAAUCAAGCAGAAAACGGAAUUGUCAAGCAGAAAACGGGCAUGACAUUUCGAAGCAGAGAGAGGCAAAAAGAGGACCAGAGAUAUCAGUACAGUAUAGUGGUACCUCGGGUUACAUAUGCUUCAGGUUACAUACGCGUCAGGUUAUAGACUCCGCUAACCCAGAAAUAGUGCUUCAGGUUAAGAAUUUUGCUUCAGGAUGAGAACAGAAAUCGUGCUCUGGCGGCGCGGCGGCUGCAGGAGGCCCCAUUAGCUAAAGUGGUGCUUCAGGUUAAGAACAGUUUCAGGUUAAGUACAGACCUCCGGAACGAAUUAAGUACUUAACCCGAGGUACACUGUACUAUAUUCCAGAUUUGGGUAUAGGUAAUUAGAAUUACAAUAAGUCUGUUUUAAAAUAAAAACACAACCCGCACGGAUAUCCCUUCUUUUACAGCGGAGUGAGCAAUAGGUCGUGUUUUUUCAUUUUAAAAACAAAUGCGUUGUUUUUAAAAUGGUGCCGAUUUAGCACAAUCAGGCGCUUAACUCCUUCCAAGAACCUGCACCUCUCAGCAUCCUAACCUUUGGCCAUGCUGGAAUUCCAACGUCUGAAGGGCCACACAUUCCACAUCCUUGGUUUAAACUGCAUCAUCCCUAGCUAACAGGACCAGUGGUCAGUGAUGCUGGGAAUUGUAGUCCCAAACACCUUGAGGGCCGGAGUUUGCCUAUGCCUGGUUUAAAGCUUCUGCUGUGACGCGUCUUCACUUUUCCUCCUCGCGUCUAUAGUUUGAUCCGGCUUCCGGGAAGAAAAGUGAAUUCUGGUAGACUUUUAUUUCACUGCGCCUCUUUUAGAAAUGAUACCUUUGUUACUAAUGCCAGUCAGUCAUUGUAUUAAACUGAAGUGGGGCGGCCCACAUUUCUUUGAUGGUGCUAGCCCGACUGAAUGAAAAAGGGCAGCUUUCAUGUUCCCAAUUGUAGCAGCUCGUUCGCUCUCCAAAUCACAACCACGCACCAGUUGUUGCAUUGCGUUUGUGAAUCGAUUUACUCUACCUACUCCGCCUAAGCUGGGCUGUGAACAGAGAGCAACGCGGAAGGAUGCACAAAUUAAAUUAAAUUAAUACUGCUUUUUAGUCCUUUUAGGGUCUGAGGCAAAAUGGUUCGUCAAGCAGAGGUUUCGUUUGCGUCCGUCCAGCUUCGCACUCGUCUCUAGAGAUGGCUGCAGCUUUUAAUUUAGCAUUAGAUUCAAACGUCAACCUUGCAGAUAUAAAAAGCUCCAUUUUAUUCUAUUUUUUUAAAAAAGACUCCGACUUCCUUCCAAGAAAACCACCACCUGAAGAUCCAGGCCUUUGGUAAACAUUUAUUUCUUAUAACAUUAAAAAUGUCAAUAUUUGGCAUUUGAUAAGAGUGGCUGCGCUCACUCCCUGCUGCUAGUUCAGCUUUUCUUUCUUCGCUUGGUUUCCUCGCUCGUUUCGUCUCCCUGGUUUUCCUUGCUGCUCAAGAACCGCCCCUCUCACUACAGCCCAUCUGGAGAGUUUGCAGACCCGCCUUCCCGAAGCAAGCGCAACGUGCGCGCCAGUUUGGGCUGAGAUUGAUUCCGUGGGAGCCGUCUUUCUCGAUGGGAAAGAAGCAGCAGAAGCGAAUACGUUCGCCUCGGUGGAGAGAGAAGACACGGAUCCUUUUAUCUCCAGCUGGGAUCUUCUGAAUAACUCCCUCGAAAGAAAGAAAACUAAAUCAUAGUAGUAGUAGUAGUAGUAGUAGUAAUAAUAAUAAUAAUAAUAAUAAUAAUAAUAAUAAUUUAUACCCAGCCCAUCUGGCUGGGUUUCCCCAGCCACUCUGGGUGGCUUCCAACAAAGUAUUAAAAUAAAAGCCGAGCGUGCUUCCAAUCAUCAUCAUCAUCAUCAUCAUCAUCAUCAAUAAUUGUUGUUGUUGUUGUUGUUCGGAAGCAUGUCCCACCAUUUUCAGUUUUAUGGGACGCGUUUCCACCCCCCAAAAUUGAAUAGUAUGCACCGUUCGUCAUUCUGGGUGUCAUGCUAUGAAUGACUCAACCGGAUACCACCCUUAAAAAUCUUAUUACUGUUGAUUAUUAAACUUAUUAAAACUACUACUACUACUUACUCCAUCCCCGAGAGAGAGAGAGAGGUCUAUCAGAAACCUUUCCAUUUCUUGAGAUUUGCCCAGUUCCAACAAAGAGCCUCUUGCCAAUUUCUCUGAAAUGGUCCCUUCGAAGGGCGCGGAGUAAACCGAGCUUUGGCCGGAUAAAGCCUAGCGGUGUCCUUAUCAGACUUUCCGAGGCGUUUGUGGGAUGCUUCGCCCCAAGGAAACCCUCUUUACGCCUAGCUUCUGAAACUUGACGUGUGUACUUUUAGGACUCGCCUUAUUUUGUGUUUGCAAGUUAUUUUAAACUCUCUUUAAUAUCGCUUUAAUGUUGGAACCCCCCUGGGACCUUAGACGGAGGGGCGGGCAAAUAAUAAUAAUAAUAAUAAUAAUAAUAAUAAUAUGAUCGUAUGAUUGACUUUUCAACUUUUACCCUUUGACACUGCGCCUUUUAAAGUUCAGAUCCAACUUAGGGUACAACAAUUCAGGAUAAAAUAAGGGGGGGAGGUAAGCCCCGCCCCAAUAAUCAGUCACAUAAUCCUAUGACGCGGUGCACACACACUAUUUGAAUGGCAAAACCCAUCAAAUAUUUUAUUGGUGGGACAAAGCCGCCUCGACCCAUAGGAGUUGGCUCCUAUGAACAGUACACAGAUUAGCACCCCCCCCAAAAAAAAAUUUAACCAGAAUUAUUAUGAGCUAAUUAAUGCAGAGUGGCGGUCAGGAUCUUGGCCAUUUCAACCCGCAGAACAUGGCCGCUCCAAGCGCCUAGACGGAAAGCGUAAAGAUGCGCAAACCUUGACUUUCCUCUCCUCCUCUCCCUCCAGGUUAUGAUGAUGGGGAACCCCGGGGUAGCUCAGUUGCUGCUGCAAAGAGGAGCGGAUCCCAACCGCCCCGACCUGUCCACGGGCACGUUCCCGGUCCACGACGCGGCCCGCGGGGGCUUCUUGGACACGCUGCGGGUGCUGCGCCGAGGGAGCGCUCGCUUCGACGUGCGGGACCGCUGGGGACGCCGCCCGCUGGACUUGGCUGAAGAAAGUGGCCAGAGCCGGGUGGUCAGUUUCCUCCAGGAGGCAUCGGGCUGAAACUCUCUUGAGAUCCGGGAUGAAGUCAGAGGACCAAGCGGAGAGCUCCCCACCCCGCCGCCGCCGGAGGAGGAGAAUCGCGGGUGCGUAAACUUGAGACCCUUUGGCUUGGCUCUUGAACGCCACCCCUCAGAGACAAGCGAGAUGGAGCUACAAUUUCGGCGCCAGCAUAAACUCUACGAUCCUGCUUCGUUUGAAAUGUGGCUUGUUAGAUGUUUACAUGCUUCCACUACGCAUGGAGAAUGGGUAUGUCGGUUCGUGGGACAGUGUCUUCUGGUCUCUCACCCACGCCAGUCUCCUAUGUACAAUGAUGUUCUAAAAGGAAACUGAGACAAUAGUCCAGGGGUUGGGGAUUCAUGGCUCCCCAGAUUUUGCGGGAUGAACAACUCCCAUUUAUCCUUGACCAUGAUUCCCCACAGUGGAUGGGGUUGGUGUGGCAGUGCUGGAUUUAGGGCAGUGUGAGCCGGCCACACGCACACACCCCACUCCACCCACAGGGCACUGAGCCAAGGGGUGCAAAAUUGAGAAGAUCCAUUUCGGGGUGCCUUGCACAGGGUACCAUAGAACCAUAGAAUUGUAGAGUUGGAAGCCACCACAAGGCUCACUUAGUGCAACCACCUGCACUGCAGAAAUCUUUUUGCCUAAUGUGGGGCUCCAACUCAGGAGCCUGAGAUGAAGAGUCAAGACACACACCCCAUCUGCAAGAGCCCCAGUCUCAGAUUAUGAAGCUCUGCUCUGGUUUGUGUUAUGGAUGUUAACAGUGUUCGUUGUGUGAAAUGUAAAUAGCACUUUGAAAUGUAGUAUUGGGGAGUAUUGGGGACUCGGGUGGCUCUGUGGGUUAAACCACAGAGCCUAGGGCUUGCCGAUCAGAAGGUCGGCAGUUCAAAUCCCCCCUGCUCCUGCCAACCUAGCAGUUCGAAAGCACGUCAAAGUGCAAGUAGAUAAAUAGGUACCGCUCCGGUGGGAAGGUAAACAGCGUUUCCGUCCGCUGCUCUGGUUCACCAGAAGCAGCUUAGUCAUGCUGGCCACACGCCCCAGAAGCUGUAUGCCGGCUCCCUCGGCCAAUAAAGCGAGAUGAGUGCCGCAACCCCAGAGUCGGCCACGACUGGACCUAACAGUCAGGGGUCCCUUUACCUUUACCUAUUCGGGAGAAUGAAGAUGGUGCCAACCUGUGACCUCUUGCCUAAAUGCACUCUGCUUCUGUUGCCAUGGUUUUUCAUUUGCACAAGUUAUGCCUGUAAGUUUUUUCUUGAAGGCCCCAAAGGAAAAAUUAACGGAGGAACGAAAGGAUGAAGGAUGGCCUUUGCAAUAUAAUUAUGAGGCUAAUGCUAAUAUCUCACACAUCACCUUUUUUUAUUAUUCAUCCGCCAAUUUCUUUUUAAGAAGUUCACACAAACGCUUUAGAAUUCUUAAAGUGUCAAAAUGAAUCCUCCUAUCUGACAAUAUGAGAUAGAUAAUCCAUAUUAACGCCAUGCAAUCAGGUUUCAAGGAAGCAAUGCCUGGAUAAACGUGAGACCCUGAAAAUGUUAAAUAUGCAGUCAGGGCGCUUCCAGACAGAAACUGAAUAUAUUGCAAAUGGGUCAUUGGCAACAAGUUUUAGUUUUUUGCUUUUCACUUAUCUGGUUUCUCCUGGAAAAAUCUGGAUUAAACGUGAGCGAGGAUAGAGAUUGCCAUUUGUAUGCCAACAGCGUUGUGUGACCACUAUAAAAAACCAUGCAUACUCAAUAGGUAUUCUGGAAUACCUUAGUCAAACCAGCUGAAAUGGGAGAGAGUAAUUCAUUUUAUUUGCAUUUGUACACUGGCUAUGGUUUAAGCAAAUAACUUUAUAAACAUAGUGUGGAAUCCAGAGAAAGUUCAGGAUGCCUGAACUGCAUUGAAGCCCUCGACAAAGUUAGAUAUUUAAUCCCCAGUUGUUUAAUAAAGAUUGGUACAGUACACACCUAAUUUGCACUGGGCUUUUUCUAGGAAACCAAAUCAUUGUACCCUAAGCCUUCCCUGUAAAAGAAAAUCACUGCUAACAACAAUUUAAGGCAACCUUUUGAUUCAGGAAGUGUAAGUUAGUUGUUAAGGAGAUAUCUAGGAAUAAUAAUAAAUUAAUAAUUUUUAUUUAUUUAUUUAUACCCUGCCCUUCCCGGUUCAGAAAACCAGGCUCAGGGUGGCUAACAACAAAUUUAAAACACUUAAUUGUAGAAGCAGCAUAAAAUACAGUAUAAAAACAUGAAUAACAAUAAAAUUCAAAGUUCAAAAAUUAAUUUGGGGGAAAUCCACCCAAUAAGCAUUAGAUAGUCACCAGGGCUAGACGGAAUAGCUCUGUCCUACAGGCCCGCCGGAAGAAGGUUCAAUCCAGAAGGGCCCUAGUCUUAUGGGACAGAGCAUUCCACCAGGCCAUCACUGAAAAGGCCCUGGCCCUGGUGGAGAAUAGAGCUAAUCUCUCAGGUGCACUUCAAAGGGAAGCCCCACAAAAACUAAAUUAAUAUAUAAGCAGCUUUUGAUACCAUUGGCCAUGGUAUUCUUCUGGAGCAGCUGUUAACAGGUACAUGAAACUGGUGAAUGGGUUAUCUGGAGUUUUGAUGUAUGGUGCCAGCAAUAAGCUGGUGACACACAGCUCUACUUCUCUGUUAGAUCUGCAGAUGUAGCAACAGUUGUGCCUCUGGGUCAGGCUUCCUCAACCUCGGUCCUACAACUCCCAUGAUCCCUAGCUAGUAGGACCAGUGGUCAGGGAUGAUGGGAACUGUAGUCUCAAAACAUCUGGAGGGCCAAGGUUGAGGAAGCCUGCUCUAGACCAACAUCUGGCCUUGGUAAUAGAUUAGAUAAGAACUAAUGAACUGAAGCUUAAUCCAGACAAGGUGGCUCCCUAGACCAGGUAGAGGGGAUGUCACCUGUUCUGGGUGGAGAGCUACACUUCCUUGGAAGUAGCAGGUACGUAGCUUGGUGGUACUCCUGGAUCUGUUACUUGAAGCUCAAAUGACCUUGGUGGCAUCAAGGGCCACCCAACAGCUUUGAGUGGUGGCCAUCUGUACAGAGACAGCCUAACUUCUGUAGUCUAUGCUCUGGUAACCUCUAGGCUAGAUUACUGCAAUGGGUUAUACAUGGGGCUGCCUCUGGAGACUGUUUGAAAUCUGUAGCUGGUGCAGAAUUCAACAGUCAGACUGCUGAACAGGACAAGAUGGGUCUGAGCAUGUAAAACCAAUCCUGGCAUGAAUGUAAUAGCUAACAAAUAGCUUCUGGAUUCAACUCAAACUGCUGGUUUUGACCUAUAAAAUCUUAUGCAGGAUCCAACUACCUAAAAGACAUGAACCAGUACAUGAACCAAACAGGAUCCUACAUUCAGCAUCUAUGUGCCCCCUUCAAGGAAAGUGGGGGUGGGGUGGGAACAUGAAAAUGGGCCUUUUCAUGGUGGCUCCCCACUUACGGAUAUAUAUAUCACAGAUAUGUAUGAAUGAAAAUGGUUUUUCCCCAUGUUUUCUGUUGUGCUUUUAAUCUUUGCACUGUUUUGUAUAUUGCUUUGGGUUACAUGUUGCAAAGGAAAGCAACUAAUAGGUGCAAUUAAUAAUAAUAUUCUGGGAAUAUUGAAGUGUUGUACCAGCCAGGGAGAGGCAGGCCCUCACAGAGGUCUACAGAGGCCUGGGCCUCUUCCAGAUUUUGAGGCCUUAAGUCAUAAUAACAAUUAAAAAUGAUGACACAUUGAAACAAAACAAGGCAUCCCCCAAAACAGUGAGUUGCUUGCUUAUAUAUAAUCAGCUAAUUAUAUGUCAAGGAAGCCCCACUAAUUACAGUCUAAUCUUGUGCCACCAUAACCAAUAUAUAUUUAUGAGUAUUUAUGCAAAAAAGUAAGUUAUUUAAUAUGAAAUUAUUCUUUAUAAGUUAAGAAAUCAAGUCUUCUACCAAAUCACAUCUCUUAUUAGCUUAAAUUUGCAGCUCUACCCUGAGUGGGUAUGUCUCAUAUUCAUCUGAUGUGCACAAAAACAAGUUAUGAAACUUAUCACGUGCCAAAAAAUCUUCAAAGUGGCACCUUUGAGCUUGAAGCCCAGGUCAAAUGGCUUUCCUGGCUCCCUUUCAAAUUGGCCCUGGGUAGGAGUAUGUCAUCUGUAGUCAGAGAGCUACUGCAGGUUCUGCUUGCUGAAUAAGAAAGAGUGAGAUUUCUUCAGCCUCCUUUCUUAGAACCAAAACUCUCUCUCUCUCUCUUUCACUGGCCAUGAACCAGAAAUAGUGAGACUUCCAUUCACAGGUUAUAUGAUCCACAGAAUGUGCCGUGUACAUGAUUGACACAGACAUCCAUGGGUGACGGCUUAGAAAUUCAGACAUAAGAGGUGGUACUGUAUUUGAGUAAGUUGGACUCAGAGUAGACCUGCUCCAAUUAAUGAACCUAACUUAGCUAUGCCCAUUGAUUUCAAUGUAUCUGAUAAAAACUUACUUGAAUAUCUCCCAUAGUAACGGACUGUUUCAGUACUAUUCAUGUGCAGCUUGCAAGUUGAAAACUAGCCUCUGUCAUCCCAUUUUCAGCAACAUCUGAAUGGUAAUACAUGUAAUAUGUGCUCCAGCUCUGGCAGGUUUCGGUGGAAGGGUCACUGCUGAAUUAUUCUAUAGUCAUUAAGUAUAGAGGACUUGAGUAGAAAAUGUUUGAUCUGUAGAAAAUCAUGGAAGCAUAUUCUAAGUGAAGGAAUUAACGGUUGGAUCAGAGAGCCCAAAUGGGAUGGUUAUGAUGCUACCUUUCUGAGCCCAUUGAACUCAAUGGGACUUCUGAGUAGAGCUCUGUGAAGGAUCAGGCUCCGGGGGAAGUGAAUCUAUCAAGUACUUGGACUAGUUAGUAUUUCUUAGCCUGUGACAGAUUACCAUUGGGUUUUACUGACUUGUUUUACUGCUGUUUGGUAUUCAUGUUAUUUAAAUAAAAGUAUCAAUGGACCGCUCACAAGAA